CAGAAGUUGAAGUGUUCUUGUGCUCCCAAGUGACGUUGAAAUUCGCGCGAUUUUAAUUUUUAAAUAAAUCUUUGUUAUCAGUAAACUUUGUGCCUUAAAUAAUGGGCGCCGUGCAGCCGGGAGCAGUUGUGAGCGUUGAACACACAUGGGUGCACUCGACGCCAUAUGCCGCUCUACCUCCCUAUGCCGUAAUCGGCGGCCACGACUGUGAUCGCUCUCCCAUAUAUGUGGGCCGUUCGUUCCAUGAAGGGGAGAAUUUGCCUGCCAAAGUGAUACCCAGUAAGGGUUGUGCCUACGUUAGCUAUGGUGGCCACGAGCACCAGAAGACACAUUACGAGGUACUGGUGGGUCAGGGCUUUGCCUGGGUAGGCUGUGCCGGCGGCUCAGUGCCUCCAAAUGCGGUGCGCAGCGGCACGACUCGCACCGGCGAGCCACUCUACGUGGGCCGCGGUCAUCACGCAAAUAGCCUAAGUGUUGGCAAGAUCCAUCCCUCGCACGGCUGCCUGUAUAUUCCUUUUGGUGGCGCAGAGGUGCGCGUGUCCACCUACGAGGUGCUUAUUUAUCAGCAGCAAGAUGUUUGGCUAUCUGCCACACCUAGUUAUACACCCCCCGGUGCUGUCAUUGCUGGUCAUGAUUCAGAUCGGACACCCAUUUAUGCCGGACGUGCUAUGCACGAAGGUGAAAUGCUGCCAGCCAAAGUUAUCCCCAGCAAGGGCUGUGCCUACGUCUGCUUCGGGGGCUACGAGUUUCAAAAGCCCACAUACGAGGUGCUCACUGGAUAUGGUUACGUAUGGGUACGCCCCCACCAUCACAGCAUGCCGCCAAACGCAGUAACCACGGGACGCACCCGCCAGGGCGAUUUCAUAUACUAUGGACGUGGACAUUAUCAGGGCAGUUUGACACCUGGUCUCAUCUCUGCCCGUCAGCGUUGUCUGUUCAUCCCCUAUGGAGGACGCGAGAUCCGCCUUGACUCCUAUGAGGUGCUCUGUCGGCAGUAACUGACAUCAGUUAAUGGCGAUUAUGUUUAUUAUAUUUAUUAAAACCAUAUAUAAAACCUGACAAUAAUAAAAUGUCCUAAAGUAGCACAAUGCUUGCUUUUGGAAUUACUUCCAAA